ACUCAUUGACACCGUUAAUUGGUUCAGUGUUAACGUUAACAAAAUGCUGCGACAAAUUUUAUUGCUUGGAUUAAUUUCCAUAGCAGCUGGAGAAUGGGUCCUCGUUUGGCAGGAUGAAUUUGACGGUGGAAAUUUAGCAGAUCGUUGGAAUUUCGAACUGGGAUGUUCUGGCUGGGGAAAUAACGAAUUGCAAUGUUAUACAAACAACCGUGGUGAAAAUGCACGCCAAGAAAAUGGAAGAUUAAUCAUCGAAGCGAGGAGAGAAUGGUGGGGCGAUGGUGUCAAUCCCGACAAAGAAUUUACCAGUUCAAGAAUGACAUCUCGAGCAAAUUGGUUACAUGGAAAAUUCGAAAUUAGAGCAAGAAUGCCGAAAGGAAAACAUCUCUGGCCAGCAAUCUGGAUGAUGCCCGCAGCUUCGGAGUAUGGUGGUUGGCCACGUUCUGGAGAAAUUGAUAUCACAGAGUACCGCGGUCAACGACCACAACAAAUUAUGGGAACCUUACAUUUCGGACCCAGUUGGGACAACAAGGGACAAGCCGGAACGGGCGAUCGUGACUUCCCCUACGACUUCUCCUUGGAUUGGCACACAUUUGGAUUGGAUUGGAGUCCAGAUCAGAUUCAAUGGAUAUUAGAUGACCAAGUUUAUCACACAGAGACUUUGCAAAGAAAUUUCUGGCCUGGCCUAUAUGGCGCAAAUGGGUCCCCCUUCGACAGGCACUUUUAUAUGAUUCUUAACCUCGCCGUGGGAGGUAACUUUUUCGGUGGGGAACCCUUUCACCCUGAUGAGAGCGCUGGAUGGGCGAAAAAUAAUUUGGAAGUCGACUUUGUCAGGAAAUUCGAGUGGCGUUAAAUUAAUUUUCAUUUUAAUAAAAAUCAAGCACCAUCUGUUGUUUAAA